AUGAGCUAUGACUACCAUCAGAGCUGGGGCCGCGAUGGCGGGCCCCGCAGCUCCGGCGGGGGCUAUGGGGGAAGCUAUGGAGGGGGCCAUGGAGGGGGCCAUGGAGGGAACCGAGGCUCUGGAGGCGGCGGCGGCGGCGGAGGAGGAGGAGGUGGUCGAGGCGGCCGAGGCCGACAUCCCGGGCACCUGAAAGGCCGCGAAAUUGGCUUGUGGUAUGCGAAGAAACAGGGUCAGAAGAACAAGGAAGCGGAGAGGCAGGAGAGAGCCGUAGUACACAUGGAUGAACGUCGAGAAGAACAAAUUGUGCAGCUGCUGCAUUCAGUCCAAGCUAAGAAUGAUAAAGAUUCGGAAGCACAGAUAUCCUGGUUUGCUCCUGAAGAUCACGGUUACGGGACUGAAGCUCCUGCUGAGAGCAAACCAAACUCAGAGAAAAAACUUGAGGACCAGGAAAAGAAAUUGAUAAAUCAAGAAAAGAGGACAUUUAGAAUCAGGGACAAAUAUAUUGACCGAGAUUCUGAGUAUCUCUUGCAAGAAAAUGAACCUGAUGUAACCUUAGACCAACAUCUAUUGGAAGAUUUACAAAAGAAAAAAAGUGACCCUCGGUAUAUUGAAAUGCAGCAUUUCAGGGAAAAGCUGCCUUCAUAUGGAAUGCAAAAGGAAUUGGUGAAUAUGAUUGAUAACCAUCAAGUAACAGUAAUAAGUGGUGAAACUGGUUGUGGAAAAACUACUCAAGUUACUCAGUUCAUUUUGGAUAACUACAUUGAAAGAGGAAAAGGAUCUGCAUGCAGGAUAGUUUGUACUCAGCCAAGAAGAAUUAGUGCCAUUUCGGUUGCAGAGAGAGUGGCCGCAGAAAGGGCCGAAUCUUGUGGCAAUGGUAAUAGUACCGGAUACCAGAUUCGUCUCCAGAGUCGGUUGCCAAGGAAGCAGGGUUCUAUCUUAUACUGUACAACAGGAAUUAUCCUUCAGUGGCUGCAGUCAGACUCGCGUUUGUCCAGUGUUAGUCAUAUUGUGCUUGAUGAAAUCCAUGAGAGAAACCUACAGUCAGAUGUUUUAAUGACUGUUAUUAAAGAUCUUCUCAAUUUUCGACCUGACCUGAAAGUCAUAUUAAUGAGUGCAACAUUGAAUGCUGAGAAAUUUUCAGAAUAUUUUGGUAACUGUCCAAUGAUACACAUACCUGGUUUUACUUUUCCGGUUGCGGAGUAUCUUUUGGAAGAUAUAAUUGAAAAAAUAAGAUAUGUUCCAGAACAAAAAGAACACAGGUCCCAGUUUAAGAGGGGUUUCAUGCAAGGGCAUGUAAACAGACAAGAAAAAGAAGAAAAAGAAGCAAUCUAUAAAGAACGCUGGCCAGAUUAUGUAAGGGAACUGCGAAAAAGGUAUUCUGCAAGUACUGUAGAUGUUCUGGAAAUGAUCGAUGAUGAUAAAGUUGAUCUGAAUUUGAUUGCUGCCCUUAUCCGACACAUUGUUUUGGAAGAAGAGGAUGGUGCGAUACUGGUCUUCCUACCAGGCUGGGACAAUAUCAGCACUUUACAUGAUCUCUUGAUGUCACAAGUGAUGUUUAAAUCAGACAGGUUUAUUAUUAUACCCUUACAUUCACUGAUGCCUACGGUUAACCAGACACAGGUAUUUAAAAGAACUCCUCCUGGUGUUCGGAAAAUAGUAAUUGCUACCAAUAUUGCAGAGACUAGCAUUACCAUAGAUGAUGUAGUUUAUGUAAUAGAUGGAGGAAAAAUAAAAGAGACACACUUUGACACACAAAACAACAUCAGUACCAUGUCUGCUGAGUGGGUUAGUAAAGCUAAUGCCAAACAAAGGAAAGGUCGAGCUGGAAGAGUGCAGCCUGGUCAUUGCUAUCAUCUAUAUAAUGGUCUUAGAGCAAGCCUUCUGGAUGACUAUCAACUGCCAGAAAUUUUGAGAACUCCUCUGGAAGAGCUUUGUUUACAAAUAAAGAUUUUAAGGCUAGGUGGAAUUGCUUAUUUUCUGAGUAGGUUAAUGGAUCCACCAUCAGAUGAAGCGGUGUCACUCUCCAUAAAACACCUGAUGGAACUGAAUGCUUUGGAUAAACAAGAAGAAUUGACACCCCUUGGAGUCCACUUAGCACGAUUACCAGUUGAGCCACACAUUGGAAAAAUGAUUCUUUUUGGAGCUCUUUUCUGUUGUUUAGACCCAGUACUCACCAUUGCUGCUAGUCUCAGCUUCAAAGAUCCCUUUGUCAUUCCAUUGGGCAAAGAAAAGAUUGCAGAUGCAAGAAGAAAAGAAUUGGCAAAAGAUACCAAAAGUGACCAUCUGACAGUUGUGAAUGCAUUUGAGGGCUGGGAAGAUGCUAGACGACGUGGUUUCAGAUAUGAAAAAGACUAUUGCUGGGAAUAUUUUUUGUCUUCAAACACAUUGCAGAUGCUGCAUAACAUGAAAGGACAGUUUGCUGAGCAUCUUCUUGGAGCUGGAUUUGUAAGCAGUAGAAAUCCUAAGGAUCCAAAAUCUAAUAUAAAUUCAGAUAAUGAGAAGAUAAUUAAAGCUGUCAUCUGUGCUGGUUUAUAUCCUAAAGUUGCUAAAAUCCGACUAAAUUUGGGUAAAAAAAGAAAAAUGGUCAAAGUUUACACAAAAACUGAUGGACUAGUUGCUAUUCAUCCUAAAUCUGUUAAUGUGGAGCAAACAGAAUUUCACUACAACUGGCUUAUCUAUCACCUGAAGAUGAGAACAAGUAGUAUAUACUUGUAUGACUGCACAGAGGUUUCCCCAUACUGUCUCUUGUUCUUUGGAGGUGAUAUUUCCAUCCAGAAGGAUAAUGAUCAGGAAACUAUUGCUGUAGAUGAAUGGAUUGUCUUUCAGUCUCCAGCAAGAAUUGCCCAUCUUGUUAAGGAAUUAAGAAAAGAACUAGAUAUCCUUCUGCAAGAGAAGAUCGAAAGUCCCCAUCCGGUAGAUUGGAAGGACACUAAAUCCAGAGACUGUGCAGUACUGUCAGCUAUUAUAGACUUGAUUAAAACACAGGAAAAAGCAAGUCCCAGGAACUUUCCACCACGGUUCCAGGAUGGAUAUUACAGCUGA